UUGCCAUGGGAAACGGCACGCGGCUACUGGAGCUUCAGCCUGGCGCAGUUGAACCCACCAAAACAGGCAAGGAAUGCGCGGCCAAUAGACUAUUUUACACUUCAUAUGGUACCCGUGUUUAUUGUUUUAACUCAUUCGUUUGUUUAGACACCAUGCGGGUGAAGAAUAAACGCUCUUUAAACUAGACUAGCUGCAUCGAUGUUUAGCCACACUUAGCAUUUCGGCUAACGGAUAACCACGUCCUGAAAUAACCGUAAACUGUGGAGCCGGCACUAUUUACAUAAUGUUUAUAUAUCUCAGCAAGAAGAUCGCCAUCCCGAACAAUAUCCACCUGAAAUGCAUCUCCUGGAACAAGGAGCAGGGAUCGAUAGCCUGCGGAGGGGACGACGGGCUGUUGAAGGUGCUCAAACUUGAAACUCAGACAGAUGAUGCCAAGUUGAAGGGACUGGCUGCACCAAGCAAUCUGUCAAUGAACCAGACGCUGGAGGGGCACAGCGGGGCCGUGCAAGUGGUCACAUGGAAUGAGCAGUACAAGAAGCUGACAACAAGCGAUCAGAAUGGACUCAUCAUCGUGUGGAUGCUCUAUAAAGGGGUGUGGUAUGAGGAGAUGAUCAAUAACAGGAACAAGUCGGUGGUGAGGAGCAUGAGCUGGAAUGCUGACGGGCAAAAAAUCUGCAUCGUCUAUGAAGACGGCGCCGUCAUUGUCGGAUCAGUCGAUGGAAAUCGCAUAUGGGGGAAGGAGCUGAAGGGGAACCAGCUAGCGCACGUGGCCUGGUCGCCAGACAGCAACAUCCUGCUCUUCGGUAUGGCCAACGGUGAAGUCCACGUCUACGACAACCAAGGCAACUUCAUAGGUAAGAUGGUCAUUAGCUGCCUCACAAACGCUCCCGGGGCUGUCAGCAUCGCCGGGGUGCAGUGGUACGCUGGAACCGGCGGCUACGUCGAGCCCAACUGUCCUUGUCUCGCCAUCUGCUUUGAAAACGGACGCUGCCAGAUCAUGCGCUGCGAAACCGACGAAAAUUUGGUGUGUAUUGACACGCUGAUGAACGUGGUGAGCGUCCAGUGGAACCACUGCGGCAGUGUGCUGGCGGUGGCCGGCUCUCUCAGAGCAUCCAACGCAGAUAAGGAAAUCAACGUGGUGCAGUUCUACACGCCGUUUGGAGAGCACUUAAGAACUCUGAAGGUUCCUGGGAAGCAGAUGUCAGGAAUCGCCUGGGAAGGAGGCGGACUGCGCGCCGCCCUUGCCGUCGACUCCUACAUCUACUUUGCUAACAUCAGACCUGACUACAAGUGGGGCUACUGCUCCAGCACGGUGGUCUACGCCUACACCAAACCGGUGCGCCACGAGUACUGCGUGGUGUUCUGGGAAACCAGAAACAACGAGAAGUUUGUCAAAUAUGUCAAAAGCCUGAUGUCCAUCACCACCUCGGGAGACUUCUGUAUUCUGGCCAGCAAGGCCGACGACUCCCAUCCUCAGGAGGAUGCUGAGCUGGGCUCCGGGAGUCACGCCAGGUAUGUCCUCAUCCUCUGCAACUCCAUUGGAACGCCGCUGGACUCUAAGUACAUCGACAUCGAGCCGCUGUUUGUCACCAUGACCAAGACACACGUGAUCGCAGCCUCCAAAGAAGCCUUCUACAUCUGGCAGUACCGGGUGGCCAAGAAGCUGACCGCCUUCGAAAUCAACCAGGUGACCCGGACCAAGAAAGAAGGCAGAGAGAGGUUCUAUCACAUCGACAACAAUCCGUCUGAGAGCGGCGGCAGCAGCAGCAGCGACCCGUCCAAAGCCUUCACUGCGACACGAGAUCCCAUCUGCUGCAUCACGGCCUCAGACAAGACUCUAGUUGUGGGCCGUGAGUCCGGCGUCAUGCACAGAUACGUCCUCCCUCAAGUCAACACUGUCCAGAAAUACUCAUUGAGCAACAGAGCCUACUAUUUGUCUCUCAACUGCGACUCCAGUCGUCUGGCUAUCAUCGACAUCACUGGGGUGAUGAGCCUGUUGGACCUGGAGAGUCGCUCCACCACCUCCGACGAUCCGGCUGGAGAUUCGUCCAAGUUUGAGAGGAAAGACGUUUGGGACAUGAAGUGGGCGAAUGACAACCCGGAUCUGUUCGCCAUGAUGGAGAAGACCAGGAUGUACGUGUUCCGAAACCUCCACCCUGAGGAACCCAUCCAGACGUCUGGCUACAUCUGUGACUUUGAGGAUCUGGAGAUCAAGUCAGUUCUGCUGGAUGAAAUCAUGAAGGACCCUGAGAGACCCAACAAAGACAACCUCAUCAACUUUGAAAUCCGAUCCCUGAGAGACAGCCGCGCCCUCAUCGAGAAAGUGGGGAUCGCGGAUGCGUCACAGUUCAUAGAGGACAACCCUCACCCCCGACUCUGGCGUCUGCUGGCUGAGGCCGCCCUCCAGAAACUGGACCUGAAAACGGCAGAGCAGGCUUUCGUCCGCUGCAAAGACUAUCAGGGCAUCGAGUUUGUGAAGCGGCUGGGGAACCUGCACAAUGAAGGCAUGAAACAAGCCGAGGUGGCUGCGUACUUCAGCAGGUUCGAGGAGGCCGAGCGGAUGUACCUGGACAUGGACCGAAGGGAUCUGGCCAUCAACCUGCGGAUCAAACUGGGAGACUGGUUCAGUGUCCUGCAGCUGCUGCAGUCCGGGUCGGGCGACAGUGAUGAUGCUCUGAUGGAGCAGGCCUACAACGCCAUCGGAGAUUACUACGCCGACCGUCAGAAGUGGGCCAAAGCAGAGCAGUACUACAUCCAAGGUCGCAACCAGGGCCGCCUUGCCGAGUGCUUCUACAUGCUGGAGCAGUACGACGACCUGGAGAGGCUCACCAGCGUCUUGCCCGACAAUCAUAAGCUUCUACCAGAGAUCGGCCAGAUGUUUGCCAACGUGGGCAUGUGCGAGCAGGCGGUGAGCGCCUACCUGAAGUGUAACCAGCCCAAAGCUGCUGUGGAUACCUGCGUCCAUCUGAACCAGUGGAACAAAGCAGUAGAGCUCGCACGGACCCACAACAUGAAGGAAAUCAAAUCUCUUCUCUCCAAAUACGCGUCACAACUCCUGGAGAAGAACAAGGUUUGGGAAGCAGUGGAGUUGUACCAAAAGGCCCACUACUUCCUGGACGCGGCCAAACUCAUGUUCAAGAUCGCCAACGACGAGGCCAAGAAAAGGGCGCGUCCGCUGAGAGUGAAGAAGCUUUUUGUCCUGGCCGCCUGCCUGGUGGAGAGUUACCAUAAGCAGAUGAAGACGUCGCAGCAAAGUAAAGUCAAAGGGAAGAGAUCUGAGGCUACGUUCACGCUGGCUGGUCUGCUGGAGGAAGACGCUUCAUCAUCUGACAGUCACAUCAUUGACCACGCCUGGCGAGGGGCCGAGGCCUACCACUUCUUCCUGCUUGCACAGCGCCAGCUCUACCAGGGCUACAUGGAGAACGCCACACGCACUGCUCUCCACCUGCGUGACUACGACGACAUCAUCCCGGCCGUGGAGAUCUACUCCUUGCUUGCCAUCUGCUCGGCGGCCAGCAGGGGGUUCGGCACCUGCUCUCAGGCCUUCAUCAAGCUGGAGUCCCUGGAAAGCCUGGAGGCGGAUCAGAGGCAACAGUAUGAGGAUCUGGCUCUGGAGAUCUUCACCAAACACCAACCGAAGGACAACAGAGUGGUGCAGCUGGACCCAGACGGGUCCGACGGGAAACUCCCCACCUGCAUCGUGACCGGCCUGCCGAUCCAGGAGUACGAGUUCUGGAUGUGCAGCGUGUGUAAACGCUGUGCUCACGAGCAGGAGAUCAGCGUGUUCAACCACUGUCCCCUGUGUCACAGUCCGGUCGUCUGAACACUCAGUUCUUUUGUCUACACACAGAUAACAGCUAAUAUGUUUGUGCCACAAUCAUGUCUGUAUUCAGUCUCUGCUUCGAGAGUCACAUUAAGAAUCCUACCUGCUUCCAGUGCUCUGUCUCCCUCUGCUGGCGGAGAAUAAUAUUGCAAAUAAAAUAAUAAAACAAGCAAAAUAUUGCGGCAAAUCGUCGUCAUUUCU